AUGCAGAAACAGAGCACCUCCAGGACAUCAAAAUGCCUUCCAGGAGGCUUUCUUCCCACAAUGCUAUGUCUUCUACUCUUUAUCAGCCUCCUCACAGUUAUCAUCUCAACUUCCAAUAUCCCUUACCUUCCGUUCAUAUACAGCACUGCUGCCAAAAACACCAAUGACCAUAUUGUUUUACCUUACUCCCUCCGCAGCCAGAUCUUGCAUUUGCAGACCCAACUGGGAGUUCUGUUAGAGCAACUGCAUACCGAAAAUCCAGAAUCAAAAGCAGUUGCCAAAUUUUCUGACCAACUUCUAGGCAUAGCCAUGUCCUUGGACAGGCUUGCAGAUAACCUUUCAGGUCUCUACAGGAAUCCUCCUACUGGUAGCACCAAAACGAGCAAUGUGGAUGAAGAUUUUAGUGAACCUGAGGAAGGCGAAGUUGAAGAAAGAUCACAGGGUGGAAAGAUCUUCAAUUCAGGAGAGCUGCAUAACUAUACUUCAACGAAACCCCACAGGCUAGGCGGGAAGAAAAACUUUCUCAAUGUGGAAGCAGUCAAUCCAUCAAUAGGCUCUGCCUGUGCCCAUAUGGCCUGGAACAUAGACCAGUUCAUGACUUACAAGAUUUAUGGGACCUGCCCAGAUGAUUGGGACAUGGCUCAGAAGCUUAUAGCCAGCGGAUGUGAUCCAUUACCAAGGAGGAGAUGCUUUGCAAGAUCACCUCCACAUUACAGUAAGCCACUUCCUAUAAACUCCUCGCUUUGGACUCAGCCUAGUGAUGUCAACAUCUUAUGGAAACACUACAAAUGCAAAGACUACUCUUGCCUUGUCUCCAAUGAGACACUCAACAGAAGAGGCUUCUUCAAGUGUGCUGAUUGCUUUGUUUUUUCAAAACAAAGAUGGGAAAUUCCAAAAAAUGAGUCUGUUUCAGCAGAAUUCACUGUCGAUGAAGUCCUAAGCUUGAAGCCAGGGGAGAUCCGAAUAGGGCUGGAUUUCAGUCCAACAACUGGAACAUUUGCAGCAAUGAUGAGGGAGAGGAAUGUUACCAUUGCCUCUGCUACCCUCAAUUUAGGAGCCCCUUUUAAUGAGGUGAUCGCCCUAAGAGGCCUGCUCCCUCUCUACAUAUCAAUCGGGUCAAGACUGCCUUUCUUUGACAACACACUUGAUAUUGUCCAUUCUACACUAUUCUUGGAUGGGUGGAUAGGGGUGGAACUUCUGCAAUUUAUGCUGUUUGACUGGGAUCGUGUCCUACGGCCCAAGGGGAUUCUCUGGGUGGACCGUUUCUUUUGUAAAAAGGAAGACAUGAAGCUGUAUUUGGAGGAGUUCAACAGACUCGGCUACAGAAAGUUGAUGUGGAGGGUACUGCCAAAGACAGAUAAGCUUGGGGAUGAGCUCUUCUUCUCUGCUGUUUUGGAAAAGCCCUUAAAGGGUUAA